UUUUUUUCCCUACAAAUGCAUUCAUUCUUAACAACUACAAAUGCAAAAUGCAUCUUUGUCCUUUGUAUAUCAGAAACAAGUUACAUUCGAACUGAACUCAACUUGCCGGAAAAAUAAACCGACGGAGCUCGUCUUUCGCCGCCGUGAAACCCAAGAAAUCCGAUCAGAUUUCAUUCACGUGAUACAUGGAAUCGUCAGCUGAAGAGUAUGCUGCCUUUGAAGAGAAAGUUAAAAGAACAGUGUACUUAGACAACCUGUCACCGCAAGUUACUGAAUCUGUGAUUAAAACUGCUCUGGACCAGUUUGCACUUGUUAAAAGUGUCAAGUUUAUCCCCAACUAUCUAGGAACAAGCAGUCUGCCACAGUGUGCAUUGGUGGAAUUGGAGUCUGCCAAGAAGGUGAAGGAAGUGAUAGCUAUGAUUAGGCAGUAUCCUUUCAUGAUGUCAGGGAUGCCACGGCCUGUAAGAGCUCGUCCUUCGCUAGUGGAAAUGUUUGAUGACCGGCCAAUAAAGCCUAAGAGAAAGAUGAAGUGUUGCUGGUUGGAACAAAGUGACCCUGAUUUUGAGGUGGCAAAGGAGCUGAAGAAUCUUACACGGAAACACUCUGCAGAAAUAACACUCAUGCACAAAGUCUUACCACAGUCCGAAAUUUUUUCCUUCAACUUGAGUGGUACCUUUCUGUCACAUAAAAUCCUUGAAGUCCUUCUCUAUUUCAACCAUCCAGCUUGAAUUCGAUGGGGCAGACCGCGAUGAAGACCAAAUUUUCCAACACAUAAGCAUGGAUGAUGGAGGAAGCCCAACAAAGAUCUAGGAUAGACUCUUAUAUCAAAUCAAAAUUUAGGUUGCGCCUAACUUAUCUUUAAUCCAUGUGAGACUUGGUUUUCCCAAUAAUGAAGGAUGAAUUUCCAACAAGUUCAGACUCAAAACUGUUAGAGCAUCUGCGGACAUGUUAACAUGUAUACAUGAUCAUGGUAGUUAUUUGUUUUAUUUUCAAGAAACUGUUUGGAACUCGGGUUGUUUGAUUUUUCACUACAUGUGUCAUGUAAUGCCAAUUUGCUUUUUAUGAUCCCUACCCUGGCAUUGCUCCUUGAGAGAAAAUUACUAGAAGAAAACAUUCAUGUUUAAAAUGUGUUUAUGGGGAGACUUGGAUGUUGUCUUAGAGGAAGACACAACAACAUUACUGAUGCAAAAACCAAAACUGAAAUCCAAAUGCUUCCUUCUUUUUUCUGGCUGAAGAACUCAAUUUCCCUAUUUUUAAUUGUUGAUACAAUGAUGUUUGAAAUCUAAGCUCACUGCUUCUAGUUUAUUCCUAGUAGGUUAGACACAUGUUUAUUUUAAUUAGUACGGAAGAUCAUCUAGUCCCCUUUGAGGUGGCAAAGGAGCAGAAGAAUCUUACAUGGAAACACUCUGCAUAAAUGGUUCGAGCAUUGAUGUCAAUCUAGAUUGCAUAAAACAACCGUUUGUUCAAAUUUUGCUACCCUAUAGUGCUAUAGCCACAAUCGGGCAACACUUUUUACUAAAUUAUAUACCAAUAAGCAAUAGUGGUUUGUAAAAAUUCCACUAACCUAUAGUGUCGCCGCCAUUAUCUGUUAUUUAACAACACUGAUUAAUAGUAUGUUUGUUUGACGUCUGCUGUGAGAUUCU